GCUUCCCCACAUCCUCCACAACGACUUCACGACAGACGAAUAGUAACGAUAACUCCCUUGACACGUAUUGACGCAGCCCGCGAAGAUGACACUCUGCCUUUACUAGAAGCUCAUAAUCACAACUCUUGAGGCGGGGGUCCGCACCUCAUCUGCAACCCAACAUGGACCACCAGACUCUAGUCUUCUCCUCCGUCUUCCCCGUUCUUUCGCUCUCGCACACAAUACCAGCACCCGUUGCGACACCAGAUCUGGGCGUCACAGUACCAGGCGCAUCCUUCGGCAGCCCAUACAUCCCACGACAGACCGAGCUCCACGAUAACACAACACACAAAGGCGUCAAACGAACGAUAGCUUGGAGCUGCGCGACUAGGUUUCUAAGCUUGGACAAGGCUGUACCUGCCGUACCGCGAAUACUUCACCGCACGAGAGAAGUUGAGGAUGCGUUGGUGUACUUGCUCAUCGGGGACGGCAAGGUCGUGGACGAGGCGAAGAACGGCGAGGAGGGGCUGGUGGAGUGGUAUACAAACGAAUGCAGACUUCACUUUGCGAAUCACGUUCAACCGGGGCUAGAAGAGCUGUGGAAGGACGAGGUGAAGAUUGCGCGGAGCUGGGACCUGCUUGGUGAGAGCCAGAUGGUGCUGGAGCAAGUGCAGAACGUGUACCUCGAACCGUUCAAUGAGCAUAUAUUGCCGUUCUUGCAGAGUGGCACCAACCAGACGAGACGACCUACCCGACCGACGAGAAGAAACGAGGAUAAUGCGGCAGAGCAUGCAAGCUCGAAGUUCAAGAGAGAUCUCCAUGCGCUGUUCGCCCAUUGCAUUGCUCCGCAGCGAUUCUCGAAAACGUUGAGCUACGUUCUCUACGAUGCAGGGUGCAGACUGUUCCGCAUCUAUACGCGACAGGACGGCGUUCAGCCGAGUGCUGCGCCAGAAGACACAACGGAAUUUCGCCAACGCAUGACCACUCUCCUACAGGGCCUGGAACGUGUUGGGCUUGGUGGUGAGAAAGCACAGAAAGCUUUCGCCCAAGCGAUGAACAAGUUGCUCGACUCAUUCAUCAACAGCCACUACAUGAAGGUCGAUUGGUAUUCAAGGAAAUCGGUAGUGCCCCAGCUGAAUAUGUGGAUACAUGAUGGCUUCUGUCCAUUAGUUGAGCUGGUGCUCGAGUGCUUACGGUGUGAGCAGAGCACCAUUCUGCCCACAGAGAUCACCUCGUGGCAGGAGAUAGCGCUAGGCAGAUUGGGCCGAGUCCGCGUCGACAAUCUAUUUGACUUCAUAAUCAACUGGGACAAGAGUUUGGGCGCCAUCCGAGACAUCAAGGACUACCUCAGGGUUGUCGGAGCGAAGCAGCAUCUCACCUCAAGCUUCUCACAGCAAGUCUCGAGGAGGCUGCUGCAUUCUGGCGCAACUACUACAUACAUCCUUAAUAUCUACAUCUCAAUUAUCCGCGCCUUCCACGAAUUAGAGCCAAAGGGCGUUCUGCUGGAGAGAGUUGCACGGCCGAUACGCAGGUAUCUGAAGGAGCGAGAAGACACAGCAAGGAUCAUCAUCUCGAGUCUACUCACCGACUUGAAAGAUGAAACGGGCAGCAAGUUCUCCGCCAACAGCGAGCUCUCCCAUGAUAUUGCCAGUGAGAUGGCCAAGCCGCUUUCAAACCUGGGUCAAGACGCCGACGAAGAGUUGAACUGGAAUGAUAUGAGUUGGCAGCCACUACCACAGGACGCAUCCCCAGACUACAAAAAGUCGAAAGUAGAGGAUGUAAUAUGGUUUUUGCUGACGCUAUGGGACCGCGAAGACUUCAUCAACGAACUGAAGAACAUUCUUGGCGACCACCUCCUCCGUUGUCAAGAUCCAGAGUACGAACAAGAGAUUCGCCUUCUCGAACUCAUCAAGAUGCGCCUUGGCGAUAACAACCUGCAAGCUUGCGAGGUCAUGCUCCGCGACGUGCUAGAGUCGAAGCGCAUCAAUGCCUCCAUACAUGCUGCUAUGGCCAGCUCACGACCUGCACAAGGCCGCUUCGCUCCUGGACAGCCCAGGACUCCAUACGGAGGUCGACACCCGCGUACGCCGGGGACCCGUCGUUCAACACGAGCAAAUGCGCAGCCUGCGCCCUCUUCGCCCGCGCCCGUGGCCGCACCCCCAGCCCCAGCCCUCAACGCACAAAUCCUGUCCUCCUUCUUCUGGCCUCUGUUACGAGACGAUGAAUUUCGCGUCCCUGCCGAAAUCUCAGAUUUGCAAGACCAGUAUGGCACUAACUUCUCCCGUAUAAAGGGCAUGCGCAAGCUGCACUGGAUGAACGCCUUGGGCAGCGGCAGCAUAACACUCACUUUCGCCGAUCGGACGGAAGACUUCGACAACUUAACACCCUGGCAGGUCAGCAUCGUGCACGCCUUCCAGCCGCAAGCCGACGAGGAGCACAUUGCAGCGAAGCACACAAAGAAUGGCGAGGGCAUUAGCCGGAACGUCAGUCAGCUGGAAGAAAUGCUCGACAUGGACGAGUCGCUUGUACGGCAAGCUGCUGCCUUCUGGGUCGGCAAAUCCGUGCUCCGCGAGACCGCCUCAGAUACUUUUGCCAUCAUCGAGACCCUGCCCAAGUCCGACAAGAAGUCAAAGGCAGAUGAGGAUGCUGCAGCAGCGGCGGCGGAGCUGGCUGCUGUGGAAGCGGCACAGCAACCCACUGCCGUCCGAAGUCAAGAAGAUCUGCUAAACGAGAAGAAGGAUGUGUAUAGUGCGUUCAUCAGCGGCAUGUUGACGGCGCAGGGCAAUAUGCCCGUUGCUAGGAUCCUGAUGAUGAUGCGGAUGAUGAUGGCGGGAGGUUUCCCCUUUGGCGCAGAAGAGAUUAGCGGGUUGUUGCGCGAGAUGGAGGGCGAGGGCAAAGUGGUUAGUUUCGGAGGAGACGUGUGGGGCGUGAAGAAGUAA